CGGGCGGGCGGCGGGGCGGGCGGCGGGCGCACAACAGCCCUCGCCGGGCAGCGGCGCGGCACGGCUCGGCGCGGCUCCCCUCGCCUCGGCCCCCUUCGGCGCGGUUCCGGCUGCGGGAGUGCUCGGCGGAGCCGGGACAGCCGCUACCCCCCCCACCCCCCGCCCCCCUUGCCCCCCCAACCCCAGGAUGGCCGCCCCCGAGGCCGGCAGCACAGGCGGCGUGAUCAGCUACGUGGGCUCCAGCGGCGCCUCGCCCAACCGCACCAGCCCCGUCUCGCUCUGCAGCGACAGCUCCAACAGCAGCUCCCAGUCGGGCUCCCAGCCCUUCCCCACCUACUUUCCCCCGUCGCCCACCGGCUCCCUCCAGGACUCCCGUGCCUACGGUGGGGGCUCGCUGGCUCCCCGUGAGGAUGGCUCCCCUUCGUCCUCUUCCUCCUCUUCCUCCUCAUCGUACGGCUCCUCGGUGAACUUCCCCGGGGUGCAGCAGGUCCCCGUGGACGAGCGGCGCCGUAGCUCGCCCAGCAAAGCUGGCAGCACCGUCACCAAGCUGAAUGGGAUGGUGCUGCUCUGCAAGGUCUGCGGGGACGUCGCCUCCGGCUUCCACUACGGCGUCCACGCCUGCGAGGGCUGCAAGGGCUUCUUCCGCCGCAGCAUCCAGCAGAACAUCCAGUACAAGAAGUGCCUCAAGAACGAGAACUGCUCCAUCGUCCGCAUCAACCGCAACCGCUGCCAGCAGUGCCGCUUCAAGAAGUGCCUGCUGGUCGGCAUGUCCCGUGACGCGGUGCGCUUCGGGCGCAUUCCCAAGCGGGAGAAGCAGCGGAUGCUGGCGGAGAUGCAGAGCGCCAUGAGCAGCAUGGGCAGCGUCCCGCCGGGGAUGCCCGGCCCCGGCGAAGGUCCAGCGCCGGGCGGGGGCCGUGCGCCGCCCCCCGGCCCCCCGCCGCUCGCCCCCCCCGCCUGCUUCUCCCAGUUCCCCCAGCAGCUGACGCCCCCCCGCUCGCCCAGCCCCGGGGGGGCCACCGAGGACGUCAUCGCGCAGGUGGCCAAGGCCCACAAGGAGAUCUUCGUCUAUGCGCACGACAAGCUGGGACCCCCCCCGGCCUGUGAGAGCAGCCUCCUGCGCUGGGACAUGCCCCCCGCCUGGGCCCCCGGCCCCCCCGAUUCCCGGCUCUGCCCCCCCGCCUACCCCGAGCCCCCGGUGCGGGGCUGCCCCUGGCCCCGCAGCACCAAGGACGUCCUGCCGGCUUGCCCCAUGAACAGCCACCCGCCCGGCCGCAGCGGGCGCUCGGUGCAGGAGAUCUGGGAGGAUUUCUCCCUCAGCUUCACCCCCGCCGUCCGCGAGGUGGUCGAAUUCGCCAAGCACAUUCCCGGCUUCCAGGCCCUCUCCCAGCACGACCAGGUCACCCUGCUCAAGGCCGGCACCUUUGAGGUGCUGAUGGUUCGCUUCGCUUCGCUGUUCGACGUGAAGGAGCAGACGGUGACGUUCAUGAGCCGGACGAAGUACAGCCUGGAGGAACUGUGGGGCAUGGGCAUGGGCGACCUGCUCAGCUCCAUGUUCGAGUUCAGCGAGAAGCUCAGCGCCCUCGACCUCACCGACGAGGAGCUGGGGCUCUUCACUGCCGUCGUCCUGGUCUCGGCAGACCGCUCGGGCAUGGAGGACACGGCGUCGGUGGAGCAACUGCAGGAGACGCUGAUCCGCGCCCUGCGCGCCCUCGUGCUGAAGACGCACCCGGCGGAGACGUCGCGGUUCACCAAGCUGCUGCUGAAGCUGCCGGACCUGCGCACCCUCAACAACCUCCACUCCGAAAAGCUGCUCUCCUUCCGCAUCGACGCCCAGUAGGGCCCCCACGGGCCCCGGGAUCCCCCCCCCCGUGCACCCGCCACCCCUGUACAUAGCACCGCGGGUUUUGGGGGGACACACACACGAGCCCUCCGAGGGACAGCACAAACCCCACGGCGCCCGCAGGACUUCUGGGGGGCUGCACCCCCCCCCCAGGUGGGCGCCGGGAUGCCAGGACCCCCCUCACCCCCCCCUCGAGUUGGGCGCCAGGCCCACGGCUCCGCUGGCAGCGCCGGGGGGGUUCCCCCACCCUGGCACCCCCACUCCGGCAGCCAGCGGUGGAAAGCAGAGGCCGGAUCCAGCCGAGCUGUGUGGGUGGGUUUGGUUGGGUUUGGUUGGAUUUUUUUUUUUCAUCAUAUAUUUAUUACAUAAAUAUAUAGUAAAAUAGACCAGCAACAA